AUGCCCGACACGCCGCACACCUCCUACUCUGAGCCCCUCCUGACCCCGGGUACCACUCAGAGCACCACCUUGUCCCCAUCCACUCUUCGUACCAGUCUGGACAAUCAGGGGCCACAAGACGACGUCGAAGAGCUGGUUCAUCCAAUAGAGAUGCCCGUGGGAUUACUCGACAUGUCCUCUCUAACGCCCUUUGAUGUCAAGGCAGAUCCGGUCUUGAAGUCUAUUGCGCAAAAGCAAGAGCCUGCCAAGGUAAAGCCCUCAUCGGCGGGGACUGGGUUCGUAGCUCGUCCGGCGCCAGUGAAGAGGGAGAAUGUGGGACCGAGAAUGACCAAGGCGGCGGCUCUUCGCCAAGGUCUAGCCUGGGAUGAAGUCAAGCCGAAGCGGGACGCACAAGCCAAGAGUGAAAAGGAAGAGGAAGAGAAAGGGGUGCCGGGGUACAAGAGGACGGGACUGAAUAUCUAUGUGGCUUCACUAGGCACUCCGAGCAUCGUCCCCAGACAGACAAAGUCGUCGCAGUUGAGGACAGGCCAAGCGGGGACGCCUCAGAGUGUUGUCAAGAGAGAUCCUGAAGCGAUUGCGGCUACCAACAAAGCCAGGCAGCAGGAAGAGAAGGAGCGCAGGCGGAAGAGUAUCAUAACGCCUGCUAGCUUGGGCGCGCCUAGCAUCGUGCCGAGGCAGACCAAGUCGUCAAUGCUUCGCACGGGUGUCAUGCCUCCAGACUCGGUAUCGAGCGGUUCUUCGAUAACAAGGGCAAUGUCUUCCCUCAGCGUCGAGCGUACACCUGUGGCAAGCAGAACCCACAGCAGUGUAUAUCUGCCGAGAGAGACAGAGGCAGAAGCAAAAGCGCGCAGAAGGUCCAGCGUCCAGGGAGUCAGAAGCCUAGGAGCGCCGAGCAUUACGCCACGUCUGAACAGAUCGGCGAUGCUUCGCGCUCCCCACACCUCUCACGCAUCUAUAUCACACCCGCCGUCGUCGUUCACCUCGCCGAGCGACUAUGCCGCCUCGCCGCAGCUUCGUCCCCGGCCGUCAUCUUCAGCGUCUGAGGUGCAGAGUACGGUUUCCAUGCGACGGGCAGCGCCCUCCCCGGGCCCCAGGCCUACAAAGUCGAGUCUGCUGCGUGCGGCACAGAAGGCGUUGUCUUCCGAGAAGUAG